GGACACAGCAAAGGAGAAUAGCAUACCUAGCUAAGCAUUCAGGAGCAUUCUCGUAUUCAAUUUAUUUAAGCUCUUUCAAUCACAUUACCAAAUCCGCACCCAGAAAAUGACCUCCCAAAUCCCAACAAAUGCAGGAGCUUCCAUGCAUGCUUCCGAAAUCCAGGCUCUCGCCACGAGCGGGCAGGAAAACUUUGUUCCCGCCGCUGAAGAGGCGAGUCAGAAUUCGCAUUCGUUUCUGUAUCUGGCUCCGAAGACUUCGGCUGGUUAUCCCGUGGCUCAGUUGGCCAAAAUACCUGCUGCUUUGACGCCGCGCCAGCUGGGAGAUCAGACGCGCAGUAGAGUUGGGGGUAAGGAGCUCGGUGAGAAAGGAGCUAGUGAUGAGGAUGGUCGUGCCAAGAAUUUGGGCGAUAUUGAGCAGGAAGUGGGAAAGGCGUCUAGGAGUGAGAGCAUGAGUAGUGAGGCAAGCAAUAGCACGAUUUCUACUGUGGAUUUGCCAAAGGGGAUGAGUUCAAGGCGAUUUUUGAGGUUGGGGCCGGUUCAUUUUGGCGAGGCAGGUUCGGGUGAUUGGAGUGAAGAGGUGGUGGAGUAGAUGGCGUUCUGUGGCUAUGGAUGAUGUGAAUGGGGUCAUGAUUUGCGGUUACUGCGGCAAUUUUGGUCACACGCUUGAUGUGGUAUCAUUGCGGAUGUGCAGAUGAGCUUAAAAUAUUGGGAUAUGGAGUAUGAGAUAUGUUGAAUUUGGUCGGCGAGUUCGGGUUUGAGAAUACAUGGGUUGAUAAUUGAGGGGGGGGGGGGUGAUUAACCA